CCAGUUUCGAACAGAGUUCUUGAAAGUGGUUUUCGAGGCGCCUCGCUAAGAGAAUUCUCUUUGAAGCAGAAAGCUGAUUCUUGCUUCUUGUCUUCUCAUCUUCUUCUGCCUAGCGCCGCUGGUUUGAAAGGGCAGCCAUGUCGCGUACUUUCAUCCUGUCGCAGUCGGUCAGGCUUUGUUCGGGCUCUAGAAGAAGCAGCAAAGAGCUGGCAACGUUGACAGGUUUCAAUAUCAUUGCAAAGAAUCCUGCAGCUGUACUCACUUGUCCUUCAUGUACUGCAGCAAGGGGUUUGAGCUUUGAAGGCAGGGCGCCUUCAGCCAGCACAGCAUUGUCCAGCUCAUUAUCGGAAAGAGAACUCCUUCCUCAAAAGAACGUAGCCAGCCAUCCUUCUACGGCACUAAGCCGGUGGCCAAGUCAUAUUCAAUCCUCCCCACUCCAAAAAGCCAGUGCGUUUGGUCAGCAUUUGAAGCUUACUAGUGCACCACCUCAACCAUCAAUGAGUGGUGACGGUCGAUCAGGUCUGCAUUCAAGGGCGCCUCUUUGUCGAGCUUCGGGGAAGGAGAUUAGCCAGCCGGGUGGAAUUGUUGCAGGAAAGCGUCUCAUACUGUACAGCAAACCAGGUUGCCACUUGUGUGAUGGGUUGAAAGAGAAGCUGGACAUGGCAUUUAUGAUGGGAGGAGAGCACUCCAUCGCUGGGAUGGAACUAGAGAUACGAAAUAUACUCGACAAGAAGGAAUGGGAGCAGGCAUACCAGUACGAGAUCCCCGUGCUGACAUGGUCGAAUGAAGGGAGCGACGACGAGGUUGCCAUCCCUCGGUUCUCUCCACGAACAAGUAUAGAGAGAAUGCAGAAGCAACUUCACAGCUUGCUCACAUCGUAGUUACAAGCGAUAUGCUGCCAAAGACUUUUAUCAACACAGCCUGCUACUCAGUCUGCUUAGCCCGCUUGCCGCAUGUGUCUGAAGUUCGGUAGCGAGGGCUGCCAUGCCAUGGCAUUUUCACAUGGCCAUCCGCGCCGAGUCGGCUCUUCCGAAGAGGCCUUUUAUGUUAGUAGUCGGCCUCUGGAAGGAGUCUGAGAGAUUCCAGUUGCCAUCGUUCAGACGCUUUCAUCGUCACACUUCAAAGUUGUCUGGGUGCAAAGUUGCAUCGCAUUUUCGGUUGUCGCGCGCAGUACUGAUGGGGG